AUGUAUUUAUAAGGAGAUUAUUACGGGGAUAAAAUUCUUACAGGAAGCGAAAACUUAGUAUAAGGUACUUUUGAUAAAAAUCAUCCUAUUUCAUAUGGAGUUAAUAAUUUAUAUGAAGGAGUUACUAUUUGUCAUCCAUAAAAAAUUCAUAAUGAUUUCAAAGUUUAUGCUUAUAAUUCUAAUAAUUAACCACUUGUUGUGUAUUCAGAAGCAAAUGAAUGGCACGGAAGAAUUAUUGUUGAUUGUGGAUUCACUAAACAUUGGGAUGGCUAUUGGUAAAAAGCUGGAUAGCAUUAAUAUGUAUCCAAUGCAAAUGUUUGGUUAACAUGA